GGGCGGAGGAACAAUAAAAGGAUGAAACAAUGAUGCCAGUGUAUGUGCGUCCUUUUUAUUAAAAAAAAACAAAAAAAGAGUACAAUGGGAGCAAAAGUCGUAAAAAAAACCUUAAAAAAAAAAGAAGGGGUUGAGGAGGGUGACGCACCCUUUUUUACUCUUUACUUGUUUUUACAUAUGUCCUCGAUAAAAAUCAUGCAAGAUCUACACUACUACUUGUUUAAUGCGGGUAAAACGCUUGAAGAUGUAUUUCGAUGUGCGUCUAUCCUAAUGACACUUGUGCUCAGUUGGUUAGCUACACGGUACCUGAAUAAGACGACAAAAGUGGUAUCUGUGAGCGUAUCUGAACUAGAGAAACUGACAGGAUUGGUCUCGAGUAUUCAGGAGAGUUCGCAAAAGACAAACCAAGCCGUAACAGAUUUUAUCGAACAUCAGUUUUUACUGACCACUGCUCGAACAGAUCCAGACACAGGGUAUCAUAAACAGCAUCCAGGUAAAACAUUCUACUGUGGUCCCCCCCCCCCGCUUGUUAAAAAAAAAAGAGUUCCUCAUCUAUUUAAUUUGAUAGCUAUCAAGAAUUUUAAAGAGGCAGAACGAUUUCUUAAUUUUGCAUAUCGUACCUAUCAUGCAGAGAGAAGAAUGGAUGAAAGUCAGUAUGAGUUGUGGGAAGAGUACAAGGUGGGGGAUCUAUGGAUGGAAGUAGCACGCUAUGGUGAUUUUCUCCAAUUGAUGGAAGUCAGUGAUUUUCAUGAAUAUUGCAAAAUGAAACGGUGUGAUUUCACAGUGGGUCAUGAAUUUAUGGAUGUCCAUGGCAAUGUGGUACGCAAACUAUGGGUGGCAAAAGAAAGUGAAAUUCAUGCUUUUCUUUCUCGUAUGAAUCAAUAAAAGUAUACAAUCAUUUUUUUAUUUUU